AUUCAGAAAUGCGCGCGCAUUGCGAAUCGGUUUGGUUCGUGUCUGAGAAUCAUGCGCAGUGCUUUUAGCGACGUUAAAGGUAGUGCUCGUCGCGUCAUUAUAUUAAAAAAAGGUCAGUAUGCCAACUCCGGAUUACAACGUGGAGCUGGACCUGGGCGAACCCCCUCCAGAACUCCAGGAGUAUGCGAGAAGGGAGUGUGGAGAGGACCCUAACACCAGAUUACAAGCAAUUCAUGAACUAAGGGAAAUGAUAUACGAACGCGGGGAGUGCACGCCGCAGCGGAUGGAUGACGCAUUCUUGAUAAGAUUCCUGCGAGCUCGCAAUUUCAUACCACAAAGAGCACACAGGCUGAUGGUCAAUUAUUACCGUUUCAAGGAUGAAAACCCGGAUUUGUUUGAAAAUGUUUAUCCACUUGACUUCAGAAACAUUGGCGACGCGAAUAUUAUAUCCGUCCCGCCAUACCGAGACCAGGACGGCAGACGGCUUUUGUUGUAUAGAAUUGGUUGUUGGAAUACAAAAACAAUAGCAGUGGAUGAUUUAUUAAAGGCUACAAUAUUUGCACUGGAGAUUGGUGUUAUGGAGAUUCGUACUCAGAUUUUGGGAGGAGUCGCCAUGUUUGACCUGGAAGAUAUUGGUAUACAGCACGCGUGGCAAGUCACACCUUCUCUUGCAUCUAAAAUCGUCAAGCUGUUAGUGACUAGCUUCCCCGCUAACACCCACGCCAUACACAUUAUAAACCAUUCCUGGGUCUUCGACAAAAUGUACAACAUAUUCAAGCCGUUUUUGACAAGAGAUAUGCGAUCUAGAAUCUUCUUUCACGGAUAUGACGUCACAUCUCUGCACAAGCACAUCCGCCCAGAGUACUUACCGGAGAGGUAUGGUGGUGUCUGGCCAGAUUUUAACUAUACAGGUUGGCUGGAGUCUCUAAAAAAUAAUUACACCGUCGCCAAAGAAGUUCUAGGCUGUGGCUAUAAGUUUCGUGAAGAAGAAAUUGGUUCGGAGGUUGUUAGGCGACUUCGUGAGGAGAAAAUCCAGUUAUAUUAGUACAAAAUGAUGAGCAGUGUUGGCCUUGUGGCUUCAGCGUGCGACUCCAUCCCUGCGGUUAUAGGUUCGAUCCCCGGCUGUGUACCAAUUGACCUUUCUAUGUGCGCAUUUAACAUUCGCUCGA